AUGGCGACUGGAGCAGUACUAGUUGUAGUCCCUGGUCUUGUCGUUACGCCCAUCUUGGGUAUUCUUGGAUUUGGUGCUGGCGGUAUUGCUGCCGGCUCGGCUGCCGCUGGUAUCCAGAGCGGCAUCGGCAGCGUCGCAGCUGGUAGCGCCUUCGCCACUCUUCAGAGUGCUGGUGCUGGGGGCGCCGGCCUUGCUGUUGUCAACGGUAUUGUUCAGGUCUCGGGAGCCGUCGUUGUCGGUGCUGGUGGUCUUGCUGCCAAGCUCAAGGGCAAGCUCAAGGGCCAGGGUGAUGAGCACAGCGCAAACGGAGAUCAGGAAGAAACCGAUGGAAUCCACAAGGGAGACGAUACUGAGGAAAUGGUUUCUAAGUCGAAGAAAAACUGA